AUGACUAGGACUACUGGCCUAGCGGUCCCAAAGGGCUCGGAUCGAACUAUUUCUUCAGCAUCAACCAUCGCCGGGGACCAAGUAUCGGAAAAGGCCAAUUACUCGAGUGGCGGCGAGGACGAAAGCCGUGCUAAUAAUCUACAAGAGAAACAUGACGAUGUGUCAUCCACCGUGGCCGACGAUGUAUCUGACGAUACCGAGUAUCCUUCUGGUAUCAAAAUGGUCUUCAUCGUUGUUGCCCUCGUCAUGAGCGUCUUCCUUCUGUCUCUUGAUAUGACCAUUGUUGCCACCGCCAUUCCUAAAAUCACCGACGAGUUCAAGGGUCUUGAUAAAGUAGGCUGGUAUGGUGCUGCCUUUUUCAUGACCGUUGGUUCUAUGCAGUCAACAUGGGGCAAGGUUUACAAGUACUUCCCACUAAAGACAUCCUUCCUUGUCGCCAUCUUCAUCUUCGAGCUCGGAUCCGUCAUUUGCGGUGCUGCCCCCAGCGCAGAGGCCCUCAUUGCUGGACGCGCGAUUGCUGGUGUCGGCGCCGCUGGUCUCGGAGCUGGCGCUUAUACCAUCAUCGCCUUUUCUGCUCCUCCCAAGCGGCGGCCUGCCUUUACCGGCAUCCUCGGUGCUUCGUAUGGAUUCGCCAGUGUCAUUGGCCCUCUUUUGGGCGGCGCAUUCACCGACAACGUCAGCUGGCGAUGGUGUUUCUACAUCAACCUCCCCAUCGGAGGUCUCUCCGCCCUGGUUAUCUUGGUCUUCUUCCAGACGCCCAAGAGUGCUGUCCCCGUCAAGGCAACUCUCUUGGAAAAGUUCUUGCAGAUGGACCCUCUCGGUAUUGUCUUGAUGAUGGGCGCCACCGUCACCUACAUCCUUGCUGUGCAGUAUGGCGGUGUUGCCCACGCCUGGAACUCGUCUGUUGUCAUUGGCCUUCUCGUUGGCUUUGUCGCCAUCACGGCGGCCUGGGCUGUCCUUCAGUACUUCCAGGGCGAGCGAUCCAUGGUUCCUCCUAGACUCGCCAGGGAACGCACCAACUGGGUCAUGAGCGCCUUUGCUUUCAUCUUUGCCGGCGGCUUCUUCGCCGCCAUCUACUACAUCCCUAUCUACUUCCAGUCCGUCCAUGGAACGAACCCAACCAUGAGCGGUGUUCGCAACUUGCCGUUCAUCGUUGCUGUCACAAUCUCUACCAUUCUCAGUGGCACCUACGUAUCUGCGACGGGCCGAUACCAGCCCAUGCUCCUCGGGGGUGGCGCCGUUGCCACCGUCGGCGCUGGUCUCCUGUACAUGCUUGACGUCGACUCUUCUACCGGUGCAUGGAUCGGAUACCAGAUUGUCGCUGGACUUGGUUGGGGAACCGCUUUCCAGAUUCCCAUGAUUGCUGUUCAGGGCUCAGUUUCCCCUGAAGAUCUUGCCUCGGCCACCGGCAUGCUCCUCUUCUUCCAAAGUAUUGGAGGUGCCUAUCUCGUCUCUGGAAGCCAGGCUGCAUUCAUCAAUCAGAUGGUCGACCACGUUCUCAAGAACGCACCCCAAGUUGACCUGGGAACCCUUGUCCUCACUGGCGCUACUGAGAUUCGACACGCAUUCCCUGCGGACCAACAGCCUCUUGUCAUUGCCGGCUACAUGGCUGGUCUUAAAGUUGUUUUUGCCAUGUGCAUCGCGGCCACUGGAAUCGCCACUCUCAUCGGCUGUUUCACUCGAUGGUCGAAGCUGAAGCAGGGAAGUAUGACUGGUGGCGGCAUGGCCUAA